AUGCCCACUCGUCGACAGAUUUCCCGGCUCAAUCUAGAAGAGGCAUCGACAAAUGACUACGAAGACUGCUGGCUCCUGGGCUCCGACGACGAACUGGAUGAGGCGACACGAGCGGUGAAAAGGAGAAGAAUCGAGAGUCUCGGCGAAGCUUAUUUAAAGGGCACAACACUGUUUAUCGCCUCUGCGUCGCUUCGUGGCCCUUUCGACAAGGGCUGGGUGAACCCAUGGAAGAAACAUCGGAAACCAAACGAAUCUGGCGUAACCCGUACAGUGACUGGUGGAGGGAUAGAUGAUGUGGCAGAGUUUGCUGUACCCGAUACAAACGAAAGCAGAAAAUAUAAAGGAAGAAACUUGUCUAGAGUGAAGAGCGUCCGGUCAGAUGUACGAGGACACUCAUUGUCGCCUAGGACUACUCCGCAUCGAGGAAGCGGACAAUCGAAAUCAUCGUGGAAUCGCGAGUCGUCAAUUUCACAUGCAAUACCGGGGCCAUCUGCUGAUGUUCAGCCGGCACAAGCUUGGCUCAAGAGAGACAAGAAGGUUAUUAAUAUUCAGAAUUAUGACCCUCCGAAAUCCCCGUCAAGCCGUUACGCGAGCUCUGGAGCAGAUGGUUCAAUCAAAUUGCCAAAAACCACAAGUAAAAGGGCUGAGCCUGGCUUGGCUCGUGCCAUGAAAUCUCAUCAGACUGAUCUGCGGAAUGUGAGAAGAAACAAGCUUGUCUCAGGUGACUCUCAGGAAAAGCAUGCGCCGAUAGUUCCGGACGGCACUUCAUCAACCUCGCCAGGAAAACAGAACUAUCAGAAACCCGUUUCAGAUACGAAGCAAGGCAAGACAUCACUAUUGUCGAAAAUCACAGACAUAAAUAACCCAUCCGACAGACUACAUGGGGACGAAGAUGAUGUCUUGAUGGAACCUGACCCCGUGCAUAACGAAAAAGAUAUGCCCGCUAGUGCAUCAUCUGUUCAUAUACUACCGCCGUCUUCACGCCUCCCGGAAUUCAAAUAUCGACUUGCAAAGACUCAGUCAAGAGAAGGGACUGAGAAUCAGUCGGAGCAUGUCCCUUCGAGAACAGAAAACAAUUUCCCUCCAGUCGACUCGAAUUGUGAUAGGCAAUCAUCGCCAUUCAAGGCCCCGCUCCCCAAAUCUCAACAGGAUCAAGCUUCUAUACCGGCACAGAGUACUGUGACACUGACCUGUUCGGAAAAACCAAACGAAAGUCUGACUGAAAGCGAAAAGCUACCAUCUGCUCAGAUUGUGCCGAAACCACCAGGAACCUCUAAUUGUUUCAUUUCGCUGCAUUCUGCCGAAUACCGUGUCCCGGAUGCUGCUGAAACUGGCACGACGAGCGUUGAUGGGGAACUCUCCACUCAGGCAGCCUUUGAGCUCGCGCAGAAAUCAUUCCAAGACGAUCUCGCUACUCCACACAGGAGUUCUCAAAGCCCACCAAGAACAAGAAAAAGUGCCAAAUCUUCUGUCAGGAGAAUCACCCCUUUCACGAAUGUAAACAACAACAGAUCGACUUUUGAUAUCAAAAUUGGGUUAAAAAAUACCCCAGGAACGAAUCACAAUAUGAAUACUCAGACUAUGAUUGAGGCCUUUACCCCAUUUAGUGAUGCAGGUAUUGGUGAAGCAGGGAAGGAGACUGCAGGGCGGUCUGGUGUUCAUAUCGUGAACGCCCAAGCACCGAAUGAUACCGAUCGGGCGGCAUCGCCACAUUCACAACCACGAUCAAAGCCUCCUCCUCAUAGUCCAUCAUUUCAGGCAGAAGAUUCUCUACCUCCUCUGCCAUUGACACUGUCGGGAACCACCCCAGCAACCAAUCAGCAAGAUGGCCAGGGAUAUCUCUUCAGUCAGGACGCAUUUGAUGUCAGUCAAGUCAUCAGAGAUGCUGGAAGUUGGCUUCAGCGAAGCUUUGAUAUAAACGAAGAUCUGAAAGAGAUCACUUUCUUAUAG